AUAUGCGCCUUAGAACUGAUGCUGGAUUUUCAAAUCAAUUGUAUGGCGACGAGCACCAGCAAUCAAAAAGUAUACUAUCUGAACUUGAUGUAGGGUUAAUAACCCAAGUACCUUUAGAUUACAUGCACUUGGUGUGUCUGGGGGUUGUAAAAAAACUGAUAAGGUGUUGGUUAGAAAAUGGACCAAAAAAAUGCAGAAUGCCUGCUUCGAAAAUAGGCGAAAUAACUGAAUUUUCCAGACGUCCUAGACCUAUCAAUAUGUUCAAAUAUUGGAAAGCUACGGAGUUCAGAGCUUUCAUUUUGUAUUUAGGCCCUGUUGUUUUACGUGGUGUGUUAAGCAAAACACUGUACGCGCAUUUUCUUUUAUUGCACUGUGCAAUUUACAUAUUAUGCACUGCAAAUAUUUGUAAACAUGAUGAAUGGCGACAGUACGCCGGCGACUUGCUACAUUGUUUUGUUCUAUACAUGUCAGAUUUGUACAGCAACGAAUUUCUUGUAUAUAACGUCCACAAUCUGCUCCAUUUGGCAGAUGACGCAUAUAACUUUGGCCAUCUUGAUAACUUUUCGGCAUUUCCCUUUGAGAAUUUUAUGUCUAAAAUAAAGAACAUGGUUCGUGGUCAUAACAUGCCAUUAGAGCAGGUUGCUAAAAGAAUGGGUGAGAAUUGUAACUCUGAAAAAAAGAAUAUUACUAAAAGAAAACCUAUUAAAGAACAAAAUGGACAGAUAAGAAAAAUACAUUACAAUGAUUACGUUAUUGGUACCUCACAAAGAGAUUCCUGUUUUGUUACUUCAAAUGGUGAUAUUGUUAUUGUUAAAUCUAUUGUGGAAACUGAUGUAAGUUCCUAUACUUUGAGGUGCAACUGCUUUGUAAACAAAACUGACUUUUACAAAGAACCCAUUCAUAGCAGCAAGUUGGGUAUAUAUAUGGUCAGUAAUUGCGUACAAAGCGUGAAUCUUAGUCCUUCUGAUAUAAGUAGAAAAUGUUUACUACUGCCCAGUUUCAAUAAUGACGAACAAUUCAUCUGUUUCCCUUUCGUUAGCAUGGUGUUGCACCACUAACAAUACGGUUAGUGGUGCAACACCAUGCAGCAAGAGAUUGUAAUGCAUCAACAUUACAAUCUCUUGCUUACUUUCUGCUGUAUCAGUUUGUUCAUUUGUCUCCUGUCUGGCUAAAAAGGUAUUAUGCUAGGGUCACUUUCAUUGACCAGUUGCAAAUAAGAGAUAAUAUUUUGUUUAUGCCUGUCCUAUCUUCAGUGCCUUUAUAUCUCUAGGCGUCAGAGGAAAUUAUUCCUUUGGCCACUAUUUGUUUAGUAUGUCUACUUGGUUUAAUUGUAGUUUAUGACUUCGAAGUUUUUAUACUUAGGCAUAAUAAUUCAAAUAAAUUACUGUAACCAUUA